CUCCGCAAUGGCGUAUCACGUGGUUUUGAUCGCCACGCGGGGGCGGGCAGCUCACGAGUGACAUUAUCACGGGUGGACUAAGGCAGCUCCUUGCUGACGUCAUCACCGGGCGCCUCCGCUGCGGGUCACCAUGUGGUUAUGAUCGCGGUGUUCCGGGGACGGAUCGGCAUCAGGGCGCUGUCCGGUGUCACGAUGUCACUGAAGGAAGGAAAGGAGCCGGAGGGGGAGGCCCGGGAGUGCGGUAACCGGGGGCGGAAGAGGAAGCCCCGCGGUGAGACCGGAGAAGGCCGCUAUGUGCCGCCGCCCACCAAGCGGAGAGCCGGGGUCAGCUUCGGGGACGAGCACUUCGGGGAGACCGAGUCGUACAUAGAGAACGGGCUGCGGAAGGUCCGGCCAUAUUACUUCCACUUCGAGACCUACUGCAAGGGCCGCUGGGUGGGGAGAAGCCUCCUGGACGUCUUCAGUAAGGAGUUCCGCUCCGAGCCGCUCGAGUAUUACCGGAGGGCGGCCCGGGCCGGGAGACUGCGCCUCAACCAGCACACGGUCACCGAGCUCAGCGUCGUGCUGAAGGACAAUGAUUUCCUCCGUAACAUGGUGCACCGCCACGAGCCCCCGGUGACCGCUCAGCCCCUGCGCAUCCUGGCCGAAAGUGACGACAUGGUGGUGGUGGACAAACCCUCCUCUCUGCCCGUCCAUCCCUGCGGACGCUUCCGCCACAACACGGUGAUUUUUAUUUUGGGCAAAGAGCUGAACAUGAAGGAGCUUCACACCAUCCACCGCCUGGACCGCCUCACAUCCGGGGUCCUCAUGUUCGCCAAGACCCCCGAGGUGUCCAAGAAGAUGGCCGAACUAGUGCGAGAGCGGAAGGUAGAGAAGGAGUACGUGUGCAGAGUGUGUGGAGAAUUCCCAGAAGAAACGGUGACCUGCGAAGAGCCUAUCCUGGUUGUCUCCUAUAAGAUUGGGGUAUGCCGCGUACACCCCAAAGGCAAAUCCUCCAAAACAGUCUUCCAGAGACUAAGCUACAACGGCAAAUCGAGUGUGGUCAAGUGCUUCCCUUAUACCGGGCGGACGCAUCAGAUCCGGGUCCAUUUACAGUAUCUGGGACAUCCGAUCGUCAAUGACCCCAUCUAUAACACAGAGGCGUGGGGGCCCGACCGGGGGAAGGGGGGGGAAAUUAAUAUGACCAACGAAGAACUCCUGCGGACUCUGAUAGAGGAACAUAAGGCCAAGCAAAGCCUGGACAUCCUGGAUGUUGGAGAAGAUGAUCUCCUCGUUGGGGAUAGUGGUCGGAGUGAUGUGCCCUCGUGCCUACCAUCUGUGUCAGAUACUCUGCCGAGGGACAGUGACCCGGCGGCGGCCCGUCAGGGUCCAGACCCAGUGGCUGCCCGUCAGGAUCCAGACCCAGUGGCUGCCCGUCAGGAUCCAGACCCAGUGGCUGCCCGUCAGGAUCCAGACCCAGUGGCUGCCCGUCAGGGUCCAGACCCAGUGGCUGCCUGUCAGGGUCCAGACCCAGUGGCUGCCUGUCAGGGUCCAGACCCAGUGGCUGCCUGUCAGGGUCCAGACCCAGUGGCUGCCCAUCAGGGUCCAAAUCCAGUGGCUGCCCGUCAGGGUCCAGACCCAGCGCUGGUUAAGGGUUGUGAAGGUCCGGAGGAGGGGGAUGGUAAAGAUACAUCAAGUGCCGAUACCGAGGGGAAGGGGCAAGGACUGGUAGACCCCCUGUGUGGGGAGUGUAAGCUGACAAGGCCGGACCCCUCCCCUAGAGAUCUCGUCAUGUAUCUUCAUGCCUUGCGGUAUAAGGGGGAGGAUUUUGACUAUUCUACGGAAUCGCCCGAAUGGGCAAAAGACGACUGGAAGGACGAGUAGGACGUCACAGGGACAGAAUGAAAUAAAGAUUUUAUCUACUGUAAAAUAUAGAUUUAUUAAU